AAUUUAUGGGAAGACUAUGUCGAUAUGACGAGCAAGGUGGAUGACAUAAGGAGGCCAAUAAACAGAACCGGCGACGAGCGACGAGAAUAAUGUAUAAAGGCUGCAGCGAAUCCUUGCAUUGGGACCGGACCGGACAUGCAGCAGAGAGUCGAGUUCUAGUAAAUAUUAGCCACUGAGGUGGAUCCGAAUCUUCAAUGGAAGAUGACUCCUGAGAAUGAAACCAGCUAAUUGGCAUCACAAACGCAAGCACACCAAGAUGGCGACAGGUUUUCUAAUCCUCUUCCUGAGUCGAGAGUUUUCUACGAGUACUCAGUCUUUCAAGGGGGAGGAGGACCAACAUCCCUCCGUUCUCCCUUUCUACCCAGCCAAAUACAGUUUCGGUGAUCGAGCAAGGAGAGGAGGAGAGGAGGACACAGGCCAAUCUAAGCUUGUUCUGAGGGUGGUGCGUGCGCAAUUGAGGAGGAGAAAAGUGGAUGGAGGGAGCCACAACAACAAGUGGGAAAGAAGAAAACAAACAAUGACUUUCUCUCGCAUUCAUCAGCCACCAAAUACCUGUCUGUCUUUGUUUUCCCCUCAUUCCCUCUCUCUCUGUCUUUCUCUCUCUCAUUCCCACCACAAUUGGCUUCGAUCUACGCAACCACAACGACCAGAAAUUCGCAACUGAUACUGUGGCCCCGGGGAACAUACUAUUAUUAACAGUGUUUGCGGUCGGGACCAGGCAAAAUUAACCGUUGGAUCGCCGCCGCCGCCGCUGCUUCUUCGUCUUCUUC